AUGACAACUGUAAAAUAUGAAAAAAGUUUGGAGUUGGAAGAUUCUCUGGGAACUGAACAGAGCACGGAGCCAACUGUUAUGAUUGAUGAUGGUGCCAAUGACGAUGAUGAUCCAAACUUGUGGUGUCACAACAUUAAGAAAAGGAUUUCUCCCUUUGUGAUGUCUUUUGGAUUCAGACUUUUUGGUGUAGUGCUUAUUUUUGUGGACCUUGCACUUGUGGUUAUAUCUCUGUUGGUUGGUCUCAGAUACCACUCUCUUGAGCACAUGAUUGGAAACAUCUCUCUCACUAUUGCACUCUUCUUCCUCUUUGACGUCAUCCUGCGAGUGUUCGUUGAAGGCUUCAGAAAUUACUUCAGGUCCAACCUCAAUGUUCUAGAUUGUAUCAUUGUUGUGGGCACACUGUUGAUCAACAUAGUAUAUACCUUCUCUGACUUGAGUGGGAUAAGCCAAAUUCCAAGAACAGUUGCGGUCUUUCGAAUCCUAAGGGUUAUAAUUCUAAUAAGAGUAUUUCGACUGGCUUCGGAGAAGAAACGACUUGAAAAAGUGACGCGGAGAAUGGUCUCGGAAAAUAAAAGGCGUUACAUGAAAGAUGGCUUUGAUUUGGACCUCACUUACAUCACUGCUCGUGUUAUAGCAAUGUCAUUUCCCUCUUCGGGGAAGCAGGCUUUCUACAGGAAUCCUAUACAGGAAGUUGCAGAGUUCUUGGAUACAAAACAUGAAGGCCAUUACAAAGUCUACAACCUUUGCAGUGAGCAGGGCUAUGACCCGAAGUUUUUCCAUUAUAGGGUGGAGCGGAUAUUUAUUGAUGACCAUAAUGUUCCUACUUUAGCGGAGAUGCUCAGAUUUACUGCCAAUGUGCGAGAAUGGAUGCAACAAGACAGCAACAAUAUCAUUGCAAUACACUGCAAAGGAGGGAAGGGUCGGACUGGAACUAUGGUUUGCAUUUGGCUUAUUGACAGCAACCAGUUUGAGAGUGCAAAGGAAAGCUUGGAGUACUUUGGUGAAAGGAGAACGGAUAAAAGCACAAGCUCCAAGUUUCAGGGUGUUGAAACGCCAUCCCAGAGUCGAUACGUCGAGUAUUAUGAAACUCUGAAAUUCAAGUAUGGCCUGAAGCUCCCACCAGUGAGGCUGCUUCGAAUCAAGCGCAUAAAGCUCUCCGCUAUUCAUGGAGUUGGAAAAGGCAACGGGAGUGAUUUGAGAGUGAAAAUAAUAAUGGAAAACCAAAUAGUAUUUUAUUGCAUCUGUGCAACGCAGGAAAACUGCAAGUUGUUCUUCGAUGGUGAAAAUGACUGGGUCAUCAUUGGUUUGGAAGGCUGCCCUGUCAUUAGCAAUGAUGUGAAAGUCAAAUUUGAAUCUUCUUCUGACAUUCCGAAAGGCUACGAUGACUGUGCUUUCUUCUUUUGGUUCCACACUGCCUUUAUAGAGGACCACAGACUUUAUAUUCCCAGAAAUGAAGUUGAUAACCUGAACAAGUCAAAGAUGUGGAAGAUGUUCAGAGAAAACUUUGCUGUGGAGCUGAAUUUCACUGAGCCAUAAUCAAGAGCCAGCAGUGAGAGAUUAUUAUGCAGGAUUCUUUGCCACUGCAGUGCU